AUGGAGGUCAUAGGAGUGGUGAGCUGUAUCUUGUUAUUUAUCCUGGUGGAUGUUAUUGUCACCACUGUCCUCUACUUACAUGGUUGCCAGACUGCAAUAUUCACAGAGGAUGUGCAGAACUUUGACAUUCUCCACUCCGUCCUGGACCUCUGGGGGACUAUGCUGGUCAGAGUCUGCCUUCUGCUUGGGGCCUCCAUAGGGGUGUUAUGGAACAGAGUGGACGGCCCAUGCAGGGUCUCUGCCCUGGGGACCCUGACUCUCCUAAUCUGCCUGACCAUCAGCACCUACGCCUUAGCUAAGCUCCUGAUGCUCUCGGAGCAGGGCGAUCUGGCGCACCAACCCUGGUUCCUCAGUCUGUUUUCCUGGACCUGUGUGUCAGUGCUGGGGACCGUGCUCCUCUGGAGGCUCCUGGGAAGGUCUCCAAACACUGUGACUGACGGAGAGGGAGAUGGUGGAGGAAGUGUCUGUGAGGAGACUGAGAGGCUAGUGGAGGCAGCAGGAGAGAAUGGCACUGAGGAGGUGGAGGAGCAGCAGAAGCAUGGGGAGAAGAAGAGGAGUAGGGCGAGCAGGAAAGGAACAGAGGACCAGAAGAACUCAGGGGCCACACUGGGGCGUCUGCUGUCCUACUGCAGUAAAUACGCUGGGCUGCUCUCUGUAGCCUUCCUCUUCCUCCUCAUCUCUGCUGUGUGUGAGGCCUUCAUCCCCUACUACACUGGGCAGGCUAUAGAUGGCAUUGUUAUUCACAAGAGUAUGGAGUACUUCACCAAGCCCCUGAUCACUCUCACAGUGUUGGCCUUAGUCAGCUCUAUAGCUAUUGGAGUACGAGGUGGCCUCUUUAAUCUAACCUUUGCCAGACUGAAUCUUCGCCUGCGGAAUCUUCUCUUCAGAUCUCUGAUGCGUCAGGAGGUGGGCUUCUUUGACUCUAACCACACAGGUGACAUCACCUCUCGCCUGACCUCUGACACUACUCAAGUGAGUGACCUGAUCUCUCAAAACGUCAACAUGUUCCUGAGGAGUAUGGUUAAGGGCAUAGGGUUCUUCAUCUUCAUGUUCGGGAUGUCCUGGAAGCUGACUCUGGUCACCAUCAUGGGUUUCCCCUUCAUCGCAGUCAUCUCCAAUGUGUAUGGGGAGUACUACAAGAGAUUGACCAAAGAGGUCCAGACUGCCCUGGCUCAGGCUAACCAGGUGGCCGAGGAAACUGUUUCAUCCAUGAAGACGGUACGCAGCUUUGCCAAUGAGGAACAGGAGGCUGAUUCCUACUACAGCAGGCUGCAUGUCAUGUUUCAACUGAACAAGAAGCAAGCGUUGGCCUACGCCCUCUACAUGUGGUCCAGUUGUAUCUCAGAACUUGCUCUUCAAGUGGCAAUCCUCUUCUACGGCGGUCACCUGGUCAUUACUGAGCAGAUGAGUGGAGGGACCCUGAUAUCUUUCGUCAUAUAUGAGUUGGAGCUGGGAGAGUGCCUGGAGAGCAUAGCAUCGGUCUACACAGGUCUCAUGCAGGGAGUGGGAGCAGCUGAGAAGGUGUUUGAGUAUAUCGACAGGGAGCCCAAACACCAACAUGAUGGGAAAGAGGUCCCCGACACCUGCAAAGGACUGGUCGAGUUUAAAGAUGUCACGUUUUCCUACCCAACACGGCCCGAAACAGACAUUCUAAAGAGUGUAUCCUUCACGUUGCGGCCUGGAGAGGUGACAGCCUUGGUAGGACCAUCUGGCAGUGGAAAGAGCUCCUGUGUGGGUCUCUUAGAGAACUUCUACGCCCCACAACAAGGCCAGGUGCUUCUGGACGGCCGGCCGGUGCACACCUACCAGCAUGGCUUCCUCCACUCGCGGGUAGCACUAGUGGGCCAGGAGCCUGUCCUGUUCGCCCGUUCUGUAGAGCAGAACAUAACCUAUGGACUGACUGACAUCCCUAUGGAGGCUGUGGUGCAGGCUGCCACCGAGGCAAACGCACACGACUUCAUCACCGGUCUAACCAACGGCUAUAACACAGGAGUGGGUGAGAAGGGCACCCAGUUGUCAGGGGGGCAGAAGCAGCGGGUGGCCAUCGCACGGGCACUCAUCCGCAACCCACAUGUUCUCAUCCUGGACGAGGCCACCAGUGCACUGGAUGCAGAGAGCGAACAUGUUGUUCAGCAGGCUCUGAACAACAUCAUGCGUCAGCACACAGUGCUGGUGAUCGCCCACCGCCUCAGCACAGUGGAGAGGGCAGACAACAUCAUAGUCAUCAACCGUGGCUGUGUGGUGGAGCAGGGACCACACAGCCAACUGAUGGCCAAGGGGGGGCUCUACUGCAAGCUGGUACAGAGGCAGGUCCUGGGAAUCGAGACGGGUGCAGAGGUUCUUAACCCUCCAGAGGUGGACAUCUGAGGGUGGUAGUCAGCAGAGGCAGAGCGGACAUGAUAGCAGCAGUGCCAGCGAGUCAGAAUAUGAACACCAUGCUACUGAGAGAGGUUCUAGGGCUUUAUUGGUAGCCAACACUGACUG